GAGAGGGCAGCAGGCCCUGGUCUCACACUCUCCAGGAAGUGGCAGCUUCCAGCCCUCUGGCUGGGAUGGGACGGAGGCAGGACCUGCGUCGUGUGAGCUGGCGUCCCCCAGGGCCGAGAGGUCGUGUGCCUGAAUGGUGGCUUUUCUCUGGGCAGGUGUGGGGGCAUCAUUUCUCUCAGGACCCUCCUCUACUACAGAUUUGUUUUGGUGACUAAAUGGUGUGCUCACGUCACUUCUGUGUGAGGCCAGUGACGAGUCUGCUCCUCGGCCGGACGUGUGGCUGCUGGGUCCCCCCGCUGGGACUCCCAGUCUUCAGCGUGUGUGCAUCCACGUGCGCUGGGGCUGCGCCUGCUCCCUGCCCGGGGUCUCACUCACCUGGCGAAGGCUGGCUGAGCCUUUGGGACGGGCAGUGGGGGAGCAGGGGGAGGAGGAGGACAGGAGAGAGUUCCCGGUGGAGAAGCCCAGGACCUGAGCGAUCAGCCGCACCACCUCUUGGAAGAGCUGAGUGUGGCCCAGUGUCUGGCAGGCCUGGGCAUUGGUGCCAGGCUGUUGCCUGGGAGCCCUGGAGGGUCCUGGGUGGGGCGGUGCAUGGUCAGCCCAGGGGCCACCCUGGUAAGAGAGGUGGGCGGACGGGGCAGGUGGACAUUGCAAAGUGGAGGCAACAGGGCUCAAUAAGCACGGGUCUGUGGGGCGAGCCAGGGGGGGUCCUAGGCCCCAGGAGGCCCCUCCACCUCCCAAGGCUGAAGCUGCUGCUCAUCGCUGACCUGCCCCAGGCCAAGCUGAGCGCCCAGCACGAGCCCAGGACCAACACGGUCAUCCUUGUGGACGCGGCCGGGCAGGUGACCUUCACGGAGCGCAGCAUGCUGGACAGGGACCCUUCCCGCUGGGAGACCAGCACCCACGAGUUCAGGCUGCAGAGCUAACCCCCAGCCCUGGGCAUGACUCAGCCAGCACCCGCCCAGGACGAGGGCCUUUAAUGUGUGUUAUCUAUCCAUGUCCCCGUGUCCAGCUUGGGGUCCACUCUUAUGCAGUGGGAGGGACAGUCCGGGGCAGGCCCAGGCAUGCUGUAUGUGUGGAUGCACCUGGCCUUACCCCCUGCCCAUGCACACAGGCCCAC